GUCCGUCACCCCUUUUUGUCUCUAUCAAUACUUCUAUCAUCUGAAGGCAAUGUUAACUUUCUCACUUCUGCUACUUCAAGCUCGAAAAACAUUUAGCUAUCUUUUUUUGUUUGUAACUCUGAAUAAGCUCAAGAGAAGAAAAAAAAAAAAAAAAAAGGAAUCGAAGGAGUCACAGUCUUCUCUUUCCAUAUCCAACCAACGACCUCUCUCAAGAGAAGCUGCCGCUAACAACACCAACCUGACAACAUCCGCCACCACCACCUUCCCUUACCACCACUCACCACUGUAUCUAAUUGCUUCCUCUGCCUCUGUGUUUUGUCCCCUUGCGUACUGCAUUCUUGUGUGGUCUGUGACCUCGGAGCUUGCUCUCCUUUUUGUUGUUGGACCCGAAGAGAAGGUGGCUCCUCAGGUGACUUGUGUUUGGUCUCCCAUUAAGGUAGGAGAUGGUUGCCACUGACUGCCUGUCCCUCAGAGCUCCUUGCCUUCUCCCUCAGAUCAGUCAUGGAAGUGGUGUCUCCCCUCACCACCCUUCUCCAUGCCUCAACAAGCUUCAGAGGGACUCCGUCCCUACCCGGUCUUCUUCUUCUUCUCCAUCAAGCAGCAGGAUAAGCCCUGCCGUGCUCUUCGUCAUUGUCAUUCUGGCAGUCAUCUUCUUCGUCUCCGGCCUCCUCCACCUCAUCCUCAGGUUCGUCAUCAGGAAGCGCCACGCUGCCCCGUCCUCCCGCGCCGCCGCCGCAGCGGCCGACCUGCCGGGCUCGGACGCGCUGCAGCGCCAGCUGCAGCAGCUUUUCCACCUCCACGACUGCGGCCUCGACCAGGCCCUCAUCGAUGCGCUGCCUGUCUUCCUCUACAGGGACAUCGUCGGCUCCAAGGAACCCUUCGAUUGCGCCGUCUGCCUGUGCGAGUUCGACGGGACGGACGAGCUCCGGCUGCUGCCCGUCUGCGGCCACGCCUUCCACCUCGCAUGCAUCGACACCUGGCUGCUCUCCAAUUCCACCUGCCCGCUCUGCCGGGGCUCGCUCUUCCUGCCGGGCCUGAUGGCCGACAGCCCGGUGUUCGACUUGGGGUACUUGAGGGAGGAGCGGGAAAUCCCGGGCGAGCGGGCGGCCGCCCAAGGGGACGACAUCGUCACGGACAAGAAGGUGUUCCCUGUGAGGCUUGGCAAGUUCAAGAACUUGGUCACCGACAACGAUGUCGGUGGUGGUGAGGGUCAUGGCAAUGAGGACAGUGGUAUCACCGUUUGCAACGUGAGAAGAGAGGAAGGGGAGACCAGCAGUAGCAAUCUGGAUGCGAGGAGGUGCUUCUCCAUGGGCUCCUAUCAGUAUGUGGUUGCUGAUGCCAAUCUGCAAGUGGCCUUCAAGAGCUGUUCUGCUACCAGGAAUGGCGAUGCAAGAGGAGUCAGAGGAAGGGAUGCGAGAGGCAACUGUACAGGUAAUGAGUCCGUGGAAGGGAAGAGAUUGAGUAUCGGCGGCAGGCGCGAGAGCUUCUCGGUGUCAAAAAUCUGGCUGUGGUCUAACAAGAAGGGGAAGGCCCCAAUUUCUUCAGAUGUUACAGCUUUUGAUGCCAACUUGCCGUGGAAGGCGAUGGCAGCCGGUGAUUGAUACAUGAAAAUUGUCAGGAACGUGACGAAUGUUGCUCUUGGUUUACCAGUAGCUCUCUCGUUCGGUUCACGAGACUCUACUUGCUUUGCUUCCGGUGGUAGCAUAUGUUCCUUGAGGUCUUCUCAGGUGAAGAACAAAAGUUAUUGGUACAAUCGCACAAAUUUUUUUGUAUCUGGUCAAUGAAUAGAAGAAGAAAGCGGGUGGGAUCUGAUAAUUUCAGCACUCGAGGGAUUUAUUGUUUUUGUGUUUAUUGUGGUGUUGGAUUCACAAACGAUCGGUUUAGACAUUCGUGCAUCUUCUCCUUAUCUA